AUGGCGGAUGACAAGAGCAAAGAGGUGAAAGGCCUUAGCGAAAUUCGAACAUUAAAUGCUGGCCACGAGGGCCCUGUCAGAGGAGUACGUUUUAACUGUGAUGGAAACUAUUGCAUUACGUGUGGAAGUGACAAGACACUAAGGCUGUGCAAUCCACACAAAGGAACUUUGUUGAAGACGUACAUGGGACAUGGGUACGAAGUCUUAGAUGCGGUUGCAGCCUACGAAAACGACAAGAUUGCAUCAUGUGGGGCUGACAAGAUGGUUAUUUUAUGGGAUGUUUCUACUGGAAAAAGUAUUAGAAAGUUUAGAGGUCACCAAAGUAGAGUUAAUUGUGUCAAGGCAAAUCAACCAGAUUUUUCAGUACUUAUAUCUGGUUCAUAUGAUGCAACAAUUAGAUGCUGGGACACAAGAUCAAGAAGUCAAGACCCCUUGCAGACAUUAGAUGAAGCAAAAGAUAGUGUUUCUUCUGUUCAAGUAUUUGAACAUUCACUUCUUUCUGGAUCUGUAGAUGGUUUUGUGAGGGAAUAUGAUAUGCGUCUUGGUAAAAUGACAGAGGAUUGUAUGGGGGAUCCUGUUACAAAUGUUUCCUUUACCAAUGAUGGCCAGUGUAUUCUCUCUGCUUCAUUGAAUAGUACAGUGCAUCUUAUAGACCGCUUCUCAGGAGAACUAUUAAACAGUUUUAAAGGGCAUCAAAAUUCAAAAUACAAAAUUGACUGUUGUCUUUCACAUGAUGACAAGUAUGUUAUAUGUGGUUCUGAGGAAGGAUCAAUUUACAUAUGGGACUUAAUUGAGGCUAAUGUUGUUCAGAAAAUAGAAAAUGGACACAGUAGUGUUGUAUAUUCACUGUCAGUACAUCCUAACAAAAUGUGUGUAUUAUCAGCUGGAAGUGAAGCUGUGAAGCUAUGGGAUAACAAAGAUGAAUACAAAGACCUGCUUCAGACUAGUAAUUUACAAUAAUGCCUUUGAGAUUCAUAAUCAGAUAAAAGAAAAAUGUUAUAUUAUAAUGUAAAUACUAAAUAAACGAUGAUAGCUCAUUUUAAUAUUUUAUAUAAUCAGAACAUUGAGUAUCAACGAAUACUUAUUUAUUAUACUUUGUUAAGAACUUGAAA